UCCUUCCAUUAUCGCGUACCGGACCGGAGAAGAAGACGAGGACGAGGACGCCGGCGAGUCCCACCUCCCGUAGCAAGGCUGCCGCCGUUAGGUGAUGAACAGUUCCGGGGAUAGAAGAGAGAGAGAGGGAGGGAGGGAGAUAUAGCUGAACCCAUGAUUCUUUUCCGCAGGGUCCUUUGAUUUCCGAUCUCUCUCUUUCCUCGAAUCGGGGUUCCGCUGGGUUUUGAUCCUCUCGGACAAAUCUCUCCCCGGUCGGAUUGUUCGUCGCUCACCGGCGUUCUUCCUGCAUUGUGUUGCAUAUGGGAGGUUGGCUUGCAUGCUUUUUGAAGCCCAAAGUAAUUCAGUCAAGGGAUGUUCCACCGAAACAAGUAGAGAAUCGGGGUCAAAGGGUGAAAAAACCAAGCAAGUCGGAAGAUUUUUGGAGUACAAGCACCUUUGAUAUGGACCACAGCGCAGUCCAGUCGCAAGGAAGCAUGUCGUCAAUCAGUACAUCACAGACCCUUAAUGCACAUGGGGGUACCAGUUCUGGUGGAACUCCCGAAUUUGUCAAUCAUGGUCUUCUUCUCUGGCAUCAAACUCGGCAGCAGUGGAUAGGUAAUAAAAAGGACGAGAUCAGACCAAAACAGGUCCUAGAACCUAGACUGAGUUGGAAUGCGACGUACGAUAGUUUACUCGGAAGCAAUAAACGGUUUGCUCAACGUGUCCCUCUCGCAGAAAUGGUUGAUUUUCUUGUGGACAUCUGGGAACAGGAAGGGAUGUAUGACUGACCGAGCCCUCCGUUUUGAUGGGAUCAUUGAGUGCAUUGUUUAUCCUUCCUUAUGUAUGUUGCAGCAGUCAACUCUUGUUAAUUGAAUUGAAUCGCUCAUGAAUCAAAAGGCGAUUAUUUUAGGGUG